UUAAUAAUCAAAAUUAACAGACAAAAUCAGAGAAAUUCAGAAGUCAAUCACAAAUUUCAAAGCUUUUCCAAUAAACAAAUCAAUUCUAACAAAACCUCCUACCUGAAAAAUUCUACCACCUUUCAAUCCACAACCCCUCUCUGAAAGAAUUUCUAAAACCGCCAUUAAUGUCGUCUUUCAAUAGUUCUUACUCUUCUUCUCAUUAUGCACAACCAUCAGCACCUGCUUUACCUGAAUCAUACACCCAACAGCAAAACCCACACAGUUACUAUGACCAUCAUCACCAGCAGCAGCAAUCAUCUUCCAAUUCACACAGGUACAACGGACAACAACAACAGCCUGGCGGUUACCCUUCAUCUUCUGGAUAUGGGCAUGGGUCAUCAGGAGGAUACCCUCCGGCACCACCACCAGCUUCGAUUUAUGGUGGUGUGAGUUUUCCUCAAGGAACAAAUCCAGAAAUUAUAAGGAGUUUUCAUACAGUGGAUAAAGAUAGAAGUGGGUUUAUAGAUGAAAGGGAAUUACAAGAAGCUCUUUCUUUUGGGUAUCAGAAAUUUAGUCUUAGAACUGUUCGUUUGCUUAUGUUCUUGUUCAAAAAUGCCUAUGACCCUCUUCGAAUUGGACCUAAUGAAUUUGCUGCACUUUGGAGUUGUCUUGGACAAUGGCGAGGCAUUUUUGAGAGAUUUGAUAGAGAUCGAAGUGGGAAAAUUGACUCAAUGGAAUUAAAGGAUGCUUUGCUCAGUCUUGGAUAUGCAGUCCCACCUUCUGUUCUUCAGUUACUUAUCUCGAAGUAUGAUGACGGUUCAGGAAGAAGGGGAGAACUUAAUUUUGACAGCUUUGUCGAGUGUGGGAUGAUUGUGAAGGGUUUAACUGAGAAGUUCAAGGAGAAGGAUCCUCGCUACACAGGUUCAGCAACACUCUCCUACGAAACAUUCAUGACUAUGAUCAUGCCAUUUCUUGUAUCAUAUUGAUACUUUUUUUUUUCUCAUCUUUCUGUUUGUGAGGAUUUGUCAGUUUGUAUCUCUAACAUAGAAUAGAUGACCUUUUCUUGUAUUACUAGUAGACAAUUCUUUGGUUCAGUGCGUACUGUAUUUGCCGACACCCUUUGUGUUCACCAUGUCUGGAAAACUGAAAGUAUAUAUGAAAAGUAUUGUUGUCUUUUCAUGUUGAUCA